UUUAGUAAUCCAGUCUGAACGCUGAACCGUCUGGCUGAAAACAGGACUUUAAAAAGAAGCAAGAAAACCGAACCACAAGGCAGAAAAUAAGCGCCUCUCGCUCACCGCAAACGCUCGCGAAAAUGAAAGCAAUAAGCCCCGUGCGGUCCUUCCGGAAAAACAACGCGAAUUUAUCAGAGCACUCCUUGGGAAUCUCUCGGAGCAAGACGCCCGUGGACGACCCGCUCAGCCUGCUGUACAACAUGAACGACUGCUACUCCAAGCUGAAGGAGCUGGUGCCCAGCAUCCCCCAGAACAAGAACGUCAGCAAGAUGGAAAUCCUGCAGCAUGUCAUCGACUACAUCCUGGACCUGCAGAUUGCGCUGGACUCCAGUGUCGCACUAACCAGCCUGCAUCACCCCGCGCGGCCGGGGCAGGCUCCGUCCAGGACCCCCCUGACCACCCUCAACACAGAUAUCAGCAUCUUGUCAUUACAGUCCCCGGAGUUGCCAUCAGAGCUGAUGACAGAUGACAGCCGGACUCUGCAUCGUUAAAGCGGUGUUUGGUCAAGACGCAAAAAAACACACCACCACCACACAGACACACGUACACACACACACGAGCGCGUGCGCAGGACCUGGGGAGCAGGACUUUCUCCCACCACCCACCACCCCUCCACCACUACCACCAUCCAACCUCUGUCCUCCAGGCCUGGAUCUCUCUUUUUGUCAAUUUUUUUUUCCCCCUCUGACGCUGAAAUCAAGAGACUUUUGCUUAUUAUGGGACAAUCUUAUGUGAUGUGUUUUUCUGUUUGGACACUUCAUUAUUAUUUAACUUAAGACUUUUUUUUAUUUUUAAUUUGUGGGUCCUUUCUGGAAAUGGAAGGCAGCGUUUAUAUUCCCGACAGUGGGAGGAAAAAAAAAAACGAGAUUAUUUGUCACAAGGAUUAUUUACCCACCCCUGUCCCUCACCCUCACCUUCAACCCCGUCCCCCCUCCCCUUCCCUUCUCUCCUUGUUGAGGUCUUCGCUUUUUUUGCGGAGGUGGGAACGUGAAUAGAAAAGACAACUUGGUUAGUUACUGUAAAAAGUUUAGUCUUGUCUUGUCAGAAUUGUUGGCACAUGAAGGACUGGACGUUGUUUCAAAAAAAGAAGAAAAAAGUUAAAAUGAAAGAAUGAAACCUUGUGAACUCCUUAUCGGGAGUUUAUCUUGUAUAGUUGCAGGAAUUUGAAACUUCUGCAAAAGUGUAAUGUUGUACUUAAUUAUGCUGAAACUUUUUAUAAAAGUAAUGUAAAUUGUACCUUUUUUAUACAAAAAUAAAUCAAAAACACAA